CAGACAUUCAGUUUCUGUUACCGUCUUGAGCGCUUCGGUUGUGUGCUAUUGAUCAUACGCCGCGUUAUCCGUUGGAUAUACUACCUAAAGGAUUACCUCUGACCAACUAACCAUCUCAUUCUAACCAAGAUGAUGAUGCUACACCCCACACCCGACCAGCGCGUGAGCAUCCGCGAGGAGCUGCGUGAGCCGGAGGACCCAGCAGACAUUGAGCGCGACAUUAAGUUGAUCCGCGAGUGGCUGGAGACGCAGCCCCACCUGCCCAAGGACAUGGACGACAUGCGCCUCACGACCUUCCUGCGCGGCUGCAAGUUCAGCCUGGAGAAGGUGAAGAAGAAGCUGGACAUGUACUACACCAUGCGCAACGCGGUGCCCGAGUUCUUCUCCAAUCGCGACAUCAAUCGCGAGGAGCUCAACAUCGUGCUGGACUAUGUGCACUGCCCCACUCUACCGGGAAUCACGCCCAACGGUCGCCGCAUCACGUUCAUCCGGGGCAUCGACUGCGACUUCCAGCCCCACCACAUCCUGGACGCCAUGAAGGUGGCCCUGAUGAUCGGCGACGUGCGGCUGGCGGAGGAGAGCGUCGGCAUUGCCGGCGACGUCUUCAUCCUGGACGCCUCGGUGGCCAGCGCCGCCCACUUUGCCAAAUUCUCACCGACCGUGGUGAAGAAGUUCCUGAUCGCCGUGCAGGAGGCCUAUCCGGUGAAGGUGAAGGAGGUGCAUGUGAUCAACAUCUCGCCGCUGGUGGACACCAUCUUCAACUUCGUGAAGCCGUUCGUGAAGGAGAAGAUCCGCAGCCGCAUCACCUUCCACAACGACGUGGAGAGCCUCUACAAGGUGGUGCCGCGCGACCUCCUGCCCAACGAGUACGGCGGCAAGGCCGGCGGCGUCGUGGAGCUCAACCAGUGGUGGAAGCAGAAGCUGGUCGACAACACCCAGUGGUUCAAGGAUCAGGAGGACAAGAAGGCCAACGAGUCCCUGCGCCCCGGCGCCCCCAAGACCAGCGACGACCUGUUCGGCAUGGAGGGCACCUUCCGCCAGCUGAACAUCGACUAGGGUCUCGGACUGUCCUCGUCCUGCGAACCUCAUCCCAGCUUGUCUAACCGUUUAUAUCAGCCGCUCAUUUGUUUAGUCCAAGCUCGUGUGCAUGACCCUUGCUUAAUUGCUUCAUUCUCUCGCCAGAACCCAUUGUUAAUCUAUCUUUAUAUCACCAGUACAUUGCAGUAAUUACAAUAAUAAAGAACCAGCAGCAUAUUAAGGAAUGAAUAAAUAAA